UCUUUUUGGUUCACAUGUAGGACAGGGAACUGUAGGUGCAGUUAGUUGGUGUGAAACCUGAAUUUAAUGCAACUAUGACAGUUACAAAUUUUUCAGGUGGGAAGGUGGAUGCAGUUCUUGAUUAUUUCCUUUCGGAUAAUCAUGUAUCAUCCGAUGUCAAAGACACGCUAAAGAUUUUUUUGGUGAAGCUCACAGAAAAUCUCAGGUGUACAGGGAAACGGAGCAGGGAGAGAUCACUGGAGGAGGCAUCACAGAUCCUGCAGAAGAUCCCAAAAGAAGUUCUUCAUUCCUUACAGAGCGCUGCUCUUCAUCAGCUCGUUCAGCUUCUCUUAGCUUUACAGUUUGAAGCGGUCACCACUUCAUCAGUCUGCCGCAAAUUAGACCAGAUGGUUCAAGUCUUGGUUGAAAUAAACCAGUCGGUUGUCUUUGAGGAAGUUCAACAAUGUCUUUACAAGUUAUUGCACCAAGAACAGGUUUUCUCUUUACAAGACCUUCAGAUAGCAUGUAUGUUCUUGGAGGACAGCGCUGUUGGACGAGAGGUCUUGAAGGAAGAAUGCACCACCCUGCUUAGUAAAGUUGCCAAUCUGAUUCCUGUUGUUAUGUCAGAUGAAGCGGCACGAAAUGAGCUGCUGUGUUACCAGACCGUCAAGGUCUGUUUGCAGGUAUUUCAGCUGCUUCCUGGGCAGGUGGCACCGCUGGUCUUGAGUAAGGACAGUGUCAAUACAAGUGUGAGAGAUAUUGUGGAAUUCCUGAUGAACAUCAUCUUAGGAGAGAUUUCCAGCAGAGACACACGGUUGUUGGCAGGCACUGCGGUUGCUAUGGUGAUUACCACAAUGACAGAUAUUCAGGGUGCUCAAUCAGCUGCCUGGAGUCUCCUGAAAGUCACCAACAGAGAACCAUGGAUAUUGACAGUAGGUGAGAUACAGGUGGAUUGUCUUCCCAGAGGUCAGGAUGGGGUGGACAGGCUGGCUAUAUCCAGAGGACUUUUAACCUGCUGCACAAAUAAUGUUCUUGUGAGUCGCCAUGGCAGCCAGGGGACAUGUCUUCUUUUGGAUGGGUUGUUUCCCCUCAUCUCUGGUCUGUGUGAAGAAAAGCUUGACUGUCAUUAUUAUGUUUUUCAAGUUUUUACCAUAUGGCUAAAGAGGGUUAAAGAGGGCCUCAGUGAGAUUUGGGAAGUAACAGGUGCUCCUUUGAAUUCGAACCUCCAACGGCAACUUACACAAAUCAUAUGGAGCAAUGCAGAGAGUCCGUUGGAUGGCAUUGCAGACAUUGCACGCAGUGCUUUCUGCCUAUUUAUGGAGAUCUAUGAGAUCGAUUGUCAACACUUUGGAAACACAGAGAAAAGACUUUAUGAUGAGUUACUGCAUAGGAUAUCACAACUCCCUUGGGAGUCAAAAGCCAAGUAUUCACCACUAAGUGCAAUUCUGCCAUACGCUGGCACAAACAAGGUUUUGGAGCAAUAUCCCGCCCUUCCCAGUGACAUCCUAAAAUGCCUCUCAACAAAUCACCUCUCACCGUCCGCAUCAGAUGUCUACAAAUGCCUUCUCCAGGAGCAAAAACGUGAGCUUGUUAACGCAUCUCGGGAAGCUCCGCCCACUGAGCAAGAUUUAGCAAAUCAGUGGGCUCAGCGAUGGCAACCAAAACUCCUACACGCUUUGACUUCAGAAGUGACUCUGCUCCAAAAUAAUGCCACUAGCCAUCUUCUGCCGUCAACAUUAAGGACGUUUCCGGGUGCUUUUAACACUCUACUAUCAGCUCUGGAUGCCACAGCUCCUGGUCACCUUCUUGCAUGGGCUUGUGUCAUGAGCGCCCAGCGGGCCAUUACUGGACGUUCUGUAUGGGAUGCGAACUGCGGAGAUGCCCUCAAGACUCUCCAUCUUGCCCUGUCCUGUCUGGACGACGCAGUCCGUCUGGCAGCCCUGAAUCUUCUCUGCUGCAGCCCGAAGACCAAAGAAGCCCCAUCGCAAGUGGAAUAUUCUGCAUUGAGAGACUUCAUACCACUCAAUCUCAACAGCGAGUCGUCACCGUUCCGCCAGCAUCUUCAGGCAGCGCUGAGGAAAUUCCUGGUGAGGAUAAGAGACAGUUGUAUGGCAAACAUCAAGGGUCAUAAGCGCAAAAUAGGGCUUUCGGAGGAAGAGGAGGCGGAGCUUAAACAAGGAAUAGGGUUUGUUGACUGGCUUGCUCAGCUGUCAUUGGUCUAUUUGACUCCCGACAGCAGCUAUCAGAGAAAAAAGACGGCAUUGCUCCUGUUUUCCGCUGUUUUGGAAACAUGUACAGAUACCUGGAGUCCAGAUAGAAAGAAAGGACAACCCCCUGCUAAUAUGUCGACUCUUAUAAACUGGGCAAAUGAAAGAGGAAAGUGGGAUUUCUUUUCCAAGUCAAAGAUGCUGGUCUUGAUUGGCUGCUUGGAGGAUUCAACCAAUGAGAUCCGUGAGCUUUCUGCAGAGCUAUUGCUCCGGUUUUUCACCCCGUCUUUAACUGAUGAUGUCACUGCUGUGCUGUUGGGCCAGGCGGAGCAACUCCUGCAGAGCCCGCGGGUACAGGAGGCCCAGAUGGGAGCUCUGAUGUUCAAACUGCUGGUGCAGAAGGCAGAUAGGGUAUUCGAACAGGGGGAGAAACAGUCCAUCAGACUCAUCCGAUUCCUUCUGAAUAAACUGGAGCAUCAUUUCUCCACCGCCAGGAGUGACAUGCUGCAGGCAGCUCGCUCGACGCCCAUUCAUGGCAUUGUUAGUGCUUUACAGAGGGGUUUGAUGGAGGUACCAGGGGUGCUGGUGGAGUCAAUAAACCACAGUAUUGCUGUGGACCUUGUGUGUUUGUUAGAGAAGAUCACUUUAAUGCUGCUUGGUGUCCUAUAUGGAGAUCAGGACACUGAGGAAAAAGAGGUGCCUCCAUCAUUCUGUGACAUGGGGAAUGCAAUCAGUUCUCUGAUUGGCCAGCACGGGGCUCUACUUGAUGAGGAUGGCGAGGAGAAUGUUUUGCUUUCUGAGGAGCAUAGUCUGAUACUGACCUGCUGCUGGGUCUCUUUGAAGGAAAUAGGGAUUUUUUUAGGGUACCUGGUGGAAAAAAUUCAAUCAUUGCCUUGGCGUCUGACUGUUGAAGAGCUCAAAAGGACUUCUAAAGUGUUUAAAGACAUAAUUCUCAAAUGUAGACAUUGGGGGGCAGUAGAGGGCUGCUGUAUUGGCUUCACUAAGUUCUGCAGGACUCUCCUAAGCAGCUCUGAUCUUGAAGUCAGAGAAAUUCCUGCCACUAUAUUGCAACAGGGUCUGACUAUUCUUCAGUCACCCCGUAGUACAUCAGUGACCCGUCGUGCUGCUGGACUGCCCAUGCUGAUUUUGGGAGUCCUAGCUGCUGAGGACUCCAGCAAAUCUCGCCCCCUAUUGUCCCAAACCAUUAACACAUUGCUGGACAUAGCCAGAGCACCACUGCCCCAGGACUGGGACCAAACUCUUGACUUACCACAGGUGUGUGCCGGUCACAUCCUGCAGGCACUGGUUAAGGGUUCUAGCCUGGGCGUUGCUAUUUUCCAACACACCCCUGCGGUGACUAUUCUGUCCCUUACCCUGAUGAGCUCUCCAUGUUGGGCUAUGAGGAACGCCGCCCUGCAGCUCUACAGUUCUCUCUGCACCAGAAUGUUGGGUCAGCAGCCGGCUGGUGAACACGGGACUACGCAUUCUGGCAUGUCUUCUCCCUCCUUCUUUAAUCUCUACCCUGCCCUACAGCCCUUCCUCCGGGAGGCACUAGAAAGCGCCGCAAAAGACCUGCAUGACUCUAGAAUUCUGCUACACCCUUCUCUCUAUCCCGUGCUCACUCUGCUUGCCAAACUACAGCCUGGUGCCGAGGAACAGACAUGUGCCCUUUCAGAAUUCCUGCCUCCAUUAUUCCUGCUGGCUGCCAGCCCUGUCUAUGGCGUGCGAGUGAUGUCAUCGAGGGCUCUCGUUGCUAUGAUUCCACCCUCCCAAUAUCUGGCAACUGUCCUGCAGUUGGUGGAAAAGCUCCCAGAAUCACCGGAUGUUCCCUGCUGUCACAACAGAAUCCAUGGACAACUCCUACAGAUUGAAGCCGUACUGACCAGGGCUCUGAAAACCAACAUUCGGUCAUCUCUCAGUGCGGUUGUGGAAAGGUUUGAGUCCAAACGUUGGUUGGCAUCAUCAAAGCAGCGUUGUCCGCCGGUGCGACUGGCAUAUGUUGAAGUCGUGAGGCUGUUAAGAGGCCACUGCUCCGAUGUUUUCCUCACCCAUCUGUCCUCUGAACUGUUACAGGAGAUUUACAGGACCCCAAACAUACUAGAGGUUGGCUGUGCUUCAUUUCACCAAAGUGCAGUGAACUUUCUAUGUGAGGAUCCUGAGUGGGCGUGUCAAGUGUGGAAGAAUCUGGCCAAUGGCAGCACAGUUGUAAGGCUCUCACUGGUCAGGUGGGCAACAGAGGGGCGUGGCUGGAGAGGGAGCAUCUUACAGGAGGUUAUGGUGCGAUCUUUGCAGGCCAACCUGAAGGAGGCGCUGUUGGACCAGAAUGUGGAGUACAGAAGGUCAUUUUUGACAGCACUGGUGGAGGUUAUGACCCCGGAUGGAGAGAGUCCUGGGCCAUCUCAUCCCUCUCCCACAGGGUUUGGUGAAACAUCUCUUCAGGGCUGUGUGGAGGUUUUGUUUAGCGAUCUGGAGACAAACCAAGGAGGUCCUGAGUUUAUCUCAACAGCUCUGUGUGCACUCAGUGUGCUUCUCUCCCAGAGCACAGACUUGGGUUUGCUCCAGCGCUGGUGUAAGUUACUAGAGAGAUGCAGAUCCCCAGAAGCUCCUGAAGCCAUCAGAACAGCUUGUGCUCAGUCUCUGUGUCUGUGUGCUGUCUCUGUGAUGGACAGGAGCCUGACAGACAGCCCCAUAUUUAAAGAACUCUGUAUCAGGUUGAUCAGCACAGGUGUCUACCUGCUUCAAGAUGAGGAUCAACAGGUAAGAGCAAAGGCAGCCAUCUUUGCCUCCCUGCUCUCCUCUUCACGUCAGCAUGAUGGUCCACGGAGAUGCUUCUACAUGCAGGUAAACCAGGCUCUGCGUUCACUGCUAGACCUCCUCUUGGAUGAAUUCUGGGAUGCGGCUGGUGCUUUGGAGGCCUUGGUGUGUCACUUACCUGACUGUGAUCUGAAUGUCAUCCUACAGGAGGUUAAGGGGACACAGUGCCGCAGUCUGUAUGAACGAGAUGAAGCGAAUGUAUUUGCAGAGCCAUCUGUGAUGUCAGAGUGCCUGCUUUCCUACCUGUUACGAUUGGCUAAGCGUUACCCAGAAUCCUCCACUCUCGCAAGAGACCUCGAACACUGGGCUGGAAACAACGUGGCCACUGUCAGAGAGAAUCUCACGAUUUGUUUGAAAUUUCAAUUAGGUGAUGACAUCUUAAAUCCUGAUUGGCUGAGUUUGCUGAUGGAGCCCCGUUUCCAUGGCGCUCUUUCUGGACUGUUCGCCAGGGCAACUGUUCUCCUCCAGCUGCUCAAGGAGUGUGAUACCCUACGACCUUUGCUUGACCCUUUGAGCUUAUCUGCAGACCUUCAAAGCAUUUAUGGACGCUUUAUCCCAAACGGAGCCGUAUUUUCUCAAGCCUUUAUUGAUGUGCUAAAGACAGAUUAACUGCAGUGCCUUUAAAAGAGCAAAGCUUCUUUAAGAAACUCUUUAUUGAUCCAAAGAAGCUGCUUUCUCGUCGCUUAAUUGAGCAAACACUGAAAAGCAGGAGCACAAUCCCCUGUUAUGCAAUACUGGAGAAAUGCAGAAGAUCCUUUGCUAAUCAACUGCCAGAUUCAGAUAAUCCUCGAUGACAGCAGGUUUUUAAAUGCAGUACAUCUAAUCUGAAAGUCUGUCAUUGUUUGGAAAUGGGUGGUGUUCGCUAAAACGAGCAGACUGCAACCAGAGACAAACCAGAUGGACGGCUGCAGCAGCAUAGAGACUCGACAAGCGUGUUUUAGUAUAUGCAUGCAUGUUUAUGUGCAUAUGUUUGUUUGUGCAAAACUGCACCCAUGGUGGCCUGGAACAUGACAGGAAUGGGUAUUUUUAGUCAGAAUAAUUCCUACAGAAAACAUUUCAUGUUCUUUUUUUGUAGACCUCUCUCUGAAAACAAAUGACCUCAAUUUUUUUUUUUAAUAAAUACUAUUUCUACCAAAACCAGUUGCCUGAUCCUGUUUCCCAAUAGCCAAAAUUUGCCUGUCUAUAUACCUUUAAAAGGGAAAUUGCUGUUUUUGUUUGACUAAUUUGUUAGUAAUGCACAAGGUCAUGGGUUUGAGCUCCAGGAAACACACACAUACCUAUAUAAUGCCUUGUAAUGCAUUAGUGUCAAUCAAAUGCAAAAAAUGUAAAUGUGCUGAUAGCCAAUAUAGUUCUUUAAAUGCUCAUUGCUUUUACUGUGUAUAUAUAGAGUCCAUUAUAUUUAACAGAUCCCUUCACAAA